UGGAACACGGUUUUCAUGUUAAGUUCCUUGAAUGUUAUUCUAAAAAUGAGUUAACCUUAUUUGAAUAGCUAUUUUUGUCUUUUGGAUGUAUUUAACUGUAUGGAUUUGGAGGAUAAUUGGCGAUUGCCACAAUAAAGUCGAUUUUGCUAUCAAGUGUACAGCUGUUUUAUGGGCUCUAGUUCUCUGGUCAUUCUCAUCUCAAAUAUGAUAAACAGAGGCAUCAAUAGUCAGUCACCUGGUAAGCUGACAGUGUUGUUUCCUCUGAAGAUUUCAAGCCUGGUAUAUCUUAUUCUUCCUUCAACUACUGAUUGUCGGAUUGUUGAGAGCGUGGGCGAAGGAGUGACAGAAUUUAAAGAGGGGGACCAUGUGCUUACAUUAUUUACAGGAGAAUUUUCAAGUUUCAGCGAGUAUACAGUUGUGCACUCUGGAUGUGCUGUCAAAGUCACCUCAACCGCACCUCUAGAGAAAAUAUGCCUCCUUAGUUGUGGAGUGGCAGCAGGUUUGAGUUUGGAGGGGGAAAUAUGCAGGAGACUUGAUGCCAUAGAUGGAGGUUUAUCCUACAGAAGAGGCUUUAUUUCUUGGACUGUGACAGCUGAUGAGCUGCCUGGUAACAUUCAUGCUUUCACUUUGUUUGCUUCUUUCUGGGGUAUAUUUGGCACUGCUUCGAUCUAUCUCUGUCGUGUGUAUAUCUGGUCCACCAACUCAUUCUGUUCAGUGUGCCUCAGAAUUUUAGUUUGCGAUUGUACACUCACAACAGAGAAUUUGUUACUAGGUCUCGGUGCAGCAUGGAAGGUCGCUGAUAUUUCUGCAGGAUCAACGGUCGUCAUUUUUGGUCUUGGAACUGUUGGCCUUUCUGUUGCACAAGGUGCCAAACUUAGGAAAGCAUCUCGAAUAAUUGGCGUGGACACUAAUCCUGAAAAGAGUGAAAAAGCCAAGGCUUUCGGAAUAACAGAUUUUCUAAAUCCAAACGAGUGCGAUGAACCCAUUCAACAGGUUAUAAAGCGUAUUACUGAUGGGGGAGCAGACUACUCAUUCGAAUGUAUAGGAGACACCACAAUGAUAACAACCGCAUUACAGUCAUGUUGCGAUGGAUGGGGUUUGACUGUCACUCUUGGUGUACCAAAAGUGAAGCCAGAGAUAACAGCUCACUAUUCAUUAUUUCUGACUGGGAAGACAUUAAGAGGAUCUCUAUUUGGAGGAUGGAAACCAAAAUCUGAUCUUCCUUUACUAGUGGACAUGUAUGUAAGGGAG